AUGUCAUUGACGGCAGCCAGCGCCGACGAGAUGGACUCCUUCGUUGAGUCUCUCGGCGCAACUGAUAAGCCGCCCUCCCUUGACUUCUCGCCGUCUAGCGUGGUUGAAGCGACCCAAGCCAAGGAUGAGCCCUCUGAUGAUGACAUGGAGCCUUCUGAAUCACCAGCUGUCCAGACCCCGAUUCACCAAGACUCGAUCGAAAGUUCCUUUGUUUCCAAGCCCAGGAGCCGAAGUGACCCUGAGGAACAACUUCGCUCAGCUGAGCGUGCCACGCCCUCAAUAGCUGAUGUGGCAAACAUGGAGGACACCAGCCAUGACCACGAGGCCAACAUCCAGGAUUCCCAGCAGGGCGUUGAGAGAAUCAUCGAGCGCAACGAGCUCCAAAACAACGGAGCGAACAAUGAGGACAAUAAUGAAGAGCUUACUCCACCACCGGACAGCCCUGUUGACGAUACCUUGAGCCAAACCUCCAGUAUCCCCGUCAAUGCCCUUGAGGAUGAGAUCGUCGUUGGGACCAAAAUGAAUAAUGACACGACAUCCCAAGUUCGGGUCACCCCUAACCCCGAGGACAGCAUGAUGGAUGAUGCUGAGGACAAGCCUAUCCCCACCCAGCAGCUGAAGCGUAAGCGAGCUUCAGGCGUCUAUGCUGACUCAAUCGACGAGAAUGGGCACAGCCCGGCACCUGCCGAAGAGCCGGAACCGCGCCGCAUGGCUCGCCCUGCCAAAACACAUGGCACCGGCGGUGUGAAGGGCGUCGUCCUUGGCUUCUGGCGGGAUUCGCCCAUCGAAAACGAUGCCGAUAAGCAUAGCGUCGUUGGGUUCAUUGAUGUUAGGGACCGCCUACGAACUCGCAUCCAAGCGACAACUCGCGAUGGCCGGCCUGUGGAUCAGAGGUAUCCAAUCCCGCCCGGGCCCGGCGGUAGCUGGGUCACAUUUGAUAAGGUUGCCUUUGAUGCCCAUCUUGUCGGCCACAAUCAUCAUGUGGUCAAGGAGUUUGUCAAGAUCCGCGCCGAAAAGAGCAGCAAGGACGGGACUCCAGAAGAGGCGGCCAGAUUGGAUCAGGAAGCAGCCCGGUUGGCAGCUGAGCAUGUGAAAAACAACCCGCCACCUGAUGUGGCUACUCAACCCUUGGUGGCAUAUGGCCCCGAGAUUCCCGAAAAUGCCAUCCUUCCUAAUCGACCCGAGACCAAAAAGCGCCGGCUUGCUGGGUCCUUUGGCCCUUCGAACGAGCCGGCAGCUCCCUCUCAGCAGCCAGUCGAUAACCUCCCGGGAACCCGUCCUACCAGGAUCCUUCUCGGCUAUUGGAAGCAAUCCAGUGAACAAGAUCCCGCCGACAAGCAUGCGGUGUACGGUAUUCUCGGCGCCAAUGACAUGUUCCGGGUCAAACUAACCCGCGAGACUCGUGACGGGCGGCCCGUUGUUGGCAACUUCCCCAACGGCGCUGGUGCCCUCUGGAUCCAUUGGGAUGAGGUCGAGUUUGAACCUCACCUCAAGAAUCUUAGUAGGCCGGAGGUCAAGGAAUACUGCCGAAUCCGCCAGCAUCAGAUCGACCUCGGCGAGUCUCCUGAGGACCAGAUUGCAAACGAAAAUAAGGCAGUCUAUGAGGCCCAGAAACGAGCCUCCAACAGUGUCGCCGUCGGCGGCCCCAGUCGGAAGGACGAGACCGAUCUGCCUCCGAUCGCAAUGAAGGGGUCCCCCGUUACAAACGGUAAAGGACACAAUACGACCAACAGCACAACAACAACCGGUACUGCACCUCUUGCCGCCAAAAACGAUGAGCUGCGCCAGUCACGCCGCCUCGAAAACGGCCCCCGUCCGCGGUACAGCAUUCCCGACGUUCCUGAAUUCCGCUCGGCUAAUCGCCAAGCUCCUCCUCCUCCGGGGCCCGGCGUACUGGAGCGCACAAACUCGAUCGCCCGCCGCGAGAUUGCCCGUCUCGAGGCCGCACAGGCGCGCGCCGACCAGCGCGCCGCCGCCCGCGAGGCCUCGGUCGGAGCCGCUUCCUUUUUCCAGGACAACGUCUCGAGACUGAACAAGGUCUGGGCGGCCCAGGAGGCAAACCGCAUCAGGGCCGGCGGCGAGGACGCCAAAGUCUACAUGGGCGUCAAGUAUGAACGCAAGCAAAGCGGCCCGUUUGCCGGCAAGCUCGUCAGCCAGGGCACUAUUAUCAGUAUCGACGGCGAGGAUUAUGUCGAGUAUCGCGUCCUUACCAAGCCGACUUUCUUUUAA